AUACAACUGCGCAGUUUUCUCUCCUUCCAGAAAAUCAUAUGAUCAUGUUUAACAUUACUUGUAGAUCACUGCAAAAUUUCGUUGUGAGUUUACAAUAAGUUACGUUUCAUGAUGUAUAACAUGCAUUUCUUACAGUUGAUUUUACUACUUAUUUUUAAUAGUGUUAAUGGUAACAUGGAAUGUGAUUGUAACACUAUAUCUGCUAUACAGGAAGUAAUGCAAAAAGAGUUCUUUCAAAUUAAGCUUGAAAAUUCUAAAAUGGCGUCACGCCUGCGAAGGUUGGAGGCUUCAAGCACACAUUCUAAGACGAUGAAUCAUCAACAUUCAGAAACAGUUUCCGACAUGUCAAAAGACCUAGAUACCAGUCAUGACAAAACAAGAAAUGAUAUUAAAAGAAUAGAGACAAUCGAAUCAACAUUGACAAGGAUAGUACCACAGUUUGAAUCUUAUAUUGAAAACAAGACGGAUGAUAUAAAACAUAGAAUACACGGACAACGCAUAGACAAGAUUGAGUCUGCACUCGCUUUAGUUUCUAACAAAACAGACAAUCUCCUUGACAUGAACAAUGACAGUGAAAACGCGAUGGAACUGUUACAUAAAACAAUAAAAAAGGCAUUCAAAGGGGAAAAACUAAAAAGAUUGAAUAUGGAACUUGAAAUGAUAAAAAAGAUAAAGAAUAUUGAAGACUACAGUGUAAACUUUACAAGAACAUCUGGACAACUUGUCGACAAGUUCAAGAAAGAAGUUGCUAUUGAAAACAAAGAAUUUAAAGUCGAGAUGAUUCAACAAGUAAUAACCAUUAAUUACACCAUAAAUGAUUAUAAAAUUGACGUACAGUCAAGCUUUGAUGUUAUUGAAAAUGAAGUGUCUAAGAUAAGGAAAACGCUAUCAAAACUGGAGGAUAUUACACUUAAGGACGAGACAGACGGAGGAUGGAGUAGUUGGAGUAGUUUUGGAUCGUGCAGUGACACAUGUGGUAGAGGAGUAAUGAUGAGAUCUAGAACAUGCACACAUCCAAAGCCAUCUCUCAAAGGCAAACACUGUGAAGGUUCUCCAGUAGAAAUAACAUACUGUAACAGAAACCCAUGUCCAGACACGAGAGUUUUUUUUACGGCAUACGGUAUAACUGGAAGAUCCAGAGCAAUAUUUCCGGAAAUAAUUCAAAACUAUGGCAACGGGUAUGACAAAUCUACGGGAAAAUUUACGUGCAAGUAUCCCGGAAUAUAUAUGUUCUCUUUCCAAAUUUCAAAACAAUGGAAAAGUUAUGCACCCGAUUAUGUAAAAUGUUCAAUUACGAUUAAUGAUGUUGAAAAAGUAGCGACUAAGGGGGAUCCGUAUGGUGAUGACAAAGAUGGUUAUUCUAUUAGUGUGACCGGAACAUUUCAUUUAAGAACAAAUGAUGUGGUUAAUAUUGGUGGAUGUGUUAGCCUCUAUGCAGCUCAUAAUACCUACUACUCGUCAUUUACCGGAGUACUUAUAGUUCCAGAUAAUAUCUGAAAAUAUUUUUUGAAAACAAAUGAUGUCAUAUUUAAUGACAUAUGAUAACAUUGGACUACACAUGAUUCCAUUUGAUAUUUAUUGGCAAACAGUUUUUGUUAAUGGAAAGUAACAUUUAUUACGUUAGAUUGCAAAAUACGUCAUAGAGCAGAGCUGCGUUUAACUAAAGUUAACCUAUAUUAUUUGAAACCUGUCAUUCGCAAGAUAAAGGAUACAAGCCGACCAAUAAAACUUAUUUCAUAAAGCUAACAUCAUAAUGUUAAUUACAGAUUCAGACAACGUUCGACGAACAUUUACUAUGAAAUGAUCAGACAGAUGAACAAAAUGUUCAACUUUUGCCAUGAUCAUAUAUAAACCGUAUAUGCGUGAUAAGCAUUACAGAAAAACGGACACCUGUGAAACUUUACUAAAUGAGAAAUUUAUUUUUGUCAGAAUAAUUACAAAACAAUUUCGGCAAAUAUCUAUUUUUUGCAACGCUUUAUGACCAUCUUUCUCGAUGAAUAUCACAUUAGACAGGGACAAAGGCUUGGGUUUUCACCCAUCUGCAACACCAACAAUUAUUAUAAGAUAACAUGUGACAACCUUUGAUUAAUACAAUAG